GAGAAAGUUUGUUAGGAGGAAGAAGCGAAAGCAAUGGCCUCUGUUAAAACUAAACGAUGGCUUCCGCUCGAAGCUAACCCUGACGUCAUAAAUCAGUUCCUUUUGGGGCUUGGGGUUCCACACAAUGAGGCACAAUGCUGUGACGUUUACGGCUUAGAUGAAGAGCUUCUGGAAACGGUUCCAAAGCCUGUUCUUGCCGUGCUUUUUCUCUAUCCCGUCACCAAUCAGACUGAACAAGAGAGAUUGCAGCAGGAAGAUGAAAAAAAGGAAUAUGACAAUAAAGUGUAUUUUAUGAAACAAACUGUGGGUAAUGCUUGCGGCACAAUUGGACUGCUUCAUGCUCUUGGCAACUUGACUUCUAAAGUCAAGUUUGUUGAGGGGUCGUUCUUUGAUAAUUUUUUUAAAUCUACUGCAAGCUUGGAUCCAGUGCAGCGUGGUGUGUUUCUUGAGAAUAACACAGAAAUGGAAGUUGCUCAUACAGUGGCAGCGACUGCUGGCGAUACAGAGGCAUCAGACCAUGUAGAUGCACAUUUCAUAUGCUUUGCUUGCGUGGAUGAUGAACUUUUUGAGCUUGAUGGAAGAAAGUCAUGGCCAAUAUCUCAUGGGCCAUCUUCACCAAGUACUUUGUUAAGGGAUGCAGCUAAAGUUAUACAGAGCAUGAUCCAGAAAAAUCCUGACUCCCACCACUUCAAUGUCAUUGCCUUGUGUAAGAAAUCCGGGUAGAUACAUUAAGGCUAUUGAUUUAGGUUUGUUGGGUCAGUGGGUAUGCUUAGAUUUUACUUUGGCAAGUGAUCUAGGAUGCAGUGCUUUUUCCACUCCAGAUUGAUGCAAAACGAAAUACAACAAUUUUUCGCAUAUGCCAACUAGUACUCAGUUCUGGCGAAGAUAUUUGCAUCUUCAUGGUCCUAGGCAUAUCAAGGUAGUCCAUGCAAGCAAAUUGCUAUCUGAUUGUUCUGUAAUAACAUCUAACAGAGCUAUAUUUUAUUAAUGUUUCUUUCGUAAA